CCAGAGCCUCUCAUAAUAAGGCACUUGGCGGGCGCUCGUUCGUUGAGCCUUCGAGUGCUCUGUGGUGCCAAAGGUUCUGACACAUACGAGGUACAAGCACCGAGCGAACCUCAUUUCAGUUACCAAAGUAUAAAGAUGCCUUAGGAUUGGUGAAGAUAAAGUCAAAAUUCACAGAUACAAAAUUUUGACAGAAGAUAAUCGUGUUCAAGGGGGUCGAAGGGACAUGCCGGGGUAAUUGUGGAGCUUUUCAAACGCUGAACCUUUGUGGAAAACAGAUGAGAAACGGAUGAGUUUUUGGGGGUAUUUAAUGAACUAUUCCUAACUAUACCUUAUUUGGCCGUGCAGGGGGCAAAAAAAAAAAAAAAAAAACAGUUAACGAAAAUAGCUAGCUGAUGGAAACAGAAAGCACGAUAUUCUAGACAAAGAAAAGCUUGCGAAAUGGCCACUUUUUCCACGAACUGAUAUUCUCAAUACCACAAGUAAACGACUCGCAUUCGUUAUUCCGUCCUGCUGGGAUAAGGUUUACAACAUCUCUCGUGCGCAAAUAUAAGACUUUUAAAAUGUCUUCACUCGGUUCCACCUUACUACGCAUGGCAUUCUCAGCGGUCUCUUUGACGGGGAUAACUGGUAACAUAUUGAUCUGUCUCAUUGUACUUCUCAACAAGACCAUGAAAACCCCGAUGAACUACCUAUUGUGUAACCUGGCCAUCUCAGACACUCUACUCCUAGUCCUCUUCUCGCCUCUCUACAUAUUCCAAGGCACAUUUCAGCACCCACAAGGUGCCGAAGGGCGCGCGCUUUGCGCGACUGUUACCGGGGGUACACUUGCAUGGACCUGUGGGUACGCCUCUGCGUAUUUUCUUGUCGCGAUCGCCGUAGAGCGCUAUUUUGCCGUGACAAAGCCGUGCGAGCCUGGUCGCCGUAUUACCAAAAAGAAACUCAGGUGGAUUGUAGCGGGGUGCUGGUUUGGCGCUCUCUCUUGGAACAGUGUGGGAUUCGCCGUGUGGGGGUAUGACGCGGACUCUGGGUUCUGCAAAGAAGACUGGCCCCAUAAGAACUCUCCUAAGAUCUACAGCUCGCUUUCUCUUCUCGUUGUUGGGGCUCUUCCCGUUUGUACGAUGUUUUUUCUCUACUCUUGUGUUGUCCACAAGCUCUGGUUCACAGGCGAAAAUCCGUCAGGAUUUGCACAAUUUGCAGCGCUAAGAAUGAGGAAAAAGGUGACAAGCAUCGUCUUGGCGGUGAGCGUGGUUUACACACUAUGCUGGAUUCCAGAGCUUAGUAUUUUUGUCACAAGCGUCUUCAACCCUGCCGUCGUCAAGGGCAACAUUGCGUACCCUGCUGUUGUUGCCAUGGUGACUGUCAAUUCUGCAAUCAACCCCAUAAUUUACUGCUUUCAUAGUGGAAAGUUCCGCCGACAUCUCGUGAAGCUACUCAGAUGCGGACGUGCCAAGUCAUGUGAUUUAAGGGACUUGCAUGAAAUGCAUUCUGGGAAUACCCAAGAUGCAUGUGUGGGAGUACACCGUGAGCGCAGUUCUUUAACAAGGAUUUGAUAUGGGAGGGGUGGGAAGGGAUAACUAAGCUUUAGCAUAUGCUUGAGCAAAACACUUUUUCCACUUGUGA